AUGGCUUUGGUUAGGAAGCAGCUUUUUGACAGAAUUGCAGCUGCCUGCAUCACAACAUUGUGUUUGGCUUCUUUACACGUGACCGCCCUCAAAUCGCAACUUUUCACAAGGCUGGGAGGGCUACGUUUCUCCAAUGACCCCCCCAUCAGCUAUAAUACAUUUUACUUUGACCAGCAGAUCGAUCAUUUUGGGUUUCUCGAGGACGGCACCUUCAAGCAGAGAUACCUGGUGGCCGACAAACACUGGCAGAAACCCGACGGGCCCAUUUUAUUCUACACGGGAAAUGAGGGGGACAUCACCUGGUUCUGCAACAACACGGGCUUCAUGUGGGAGAAAGCAGAGGAGCUGGGAGCCAUGCUGGUUUUUGCCGAACAUCGUUACUAUGGAGAGUCCCUACCGUUUGGACAAGACUCUUACAGUGCCCUGGCAGAUUUUGCUGUGCUGAUUCAAAGUCUUAAGAGCACGUUACCGGGGGCAACGCACAGCCCCGUCAUCGCGGUGGGGGGCUCCUACGGGGGGAUGCUCUCUGCCUGGUUCCGCAUGAAAUACCCCCAUAUCGUCAUCGGAGCUCUGGCAUCCUCUGCUCCAAUACUGCAGUUCCCUGGUCUGGUGCCAUGUGGAGACUUCUACAAAGUAGUAACACAAGACUUUGGCAGAAGUGGUUCUAACUGCGAUGUAAACAUCCGAAAGUCAUGGAAAGCUAUUAAUAAUGUCUCUUCAACAGCGUCUGGUCUUCAGUGGCUGUCUGAACAGUUCAGCUUAUGCUCCCCUCUUAAAACCACGACUGAUGUCGCCAUCUUCAAGAGCUGGCUUCAAGAAACCUGGGUGAACCUGGCCAUGGUGGACUACCCGUACGAAGCCAAUUUCCUGCAGCCAUUGCCACGGUGGCCUAUCCAGGCCGUGUGCAAGUAUCUGGGUUUCGACUCGUCCGUGUCGGACCACCAGCUACUGCACGGAGUCUCUGAGGCUGCCAAAGUUUACUACAACUACACCGGGAGCUCCACUUGUCUCAACACAUCGCAGACGGCCACCAGCAGCCUGGGAGCUCUCGGCUGGACCUACCAGGACAUGUUUGAACCCGAGGAGUGGAACUUCCAGGCCUUCUCGGAUGAGUGUAACUCCCUGUUUGGCGUCAGGCCGCGGGCCGACUGGGCCGUGGCCGUCUACGGGGGAAAGGAGAUCACGUCUCAUAGCAACAUCAUCUUCAGCAACGGAGGACUGGACCCCUGGUCGGCUGGAGGAGUUAAGUCCAACUUCAACAAUUCUCUGGUGUCCAUUCAGAUUCCCGAUGGAGCCCAUCACCUGGACCUCCGAUACAGUAAUGAGCUGGACCCACCCUCAGUCCGAGCCGCUCGGGGGAUGGAGAGCUCUUCACUUCUACUCUGGAAUGUUUACGGCAACUUUGGGAGCAGCAUCAGGACCAAGAGUUUAUCGGAGGGAGAAAAGUCAUGCUCUGAAGACAUUUUGGGUUCAGGGAUCACAGUGGAUGCCACAGGUGUUGCCUCUGGGCUCAACUCAGUAAUGGCUGUUCAGACUGCAAUCAUGAACCCCCAGUUCAUGACUUUCUGCUUCCCUGCUUCUGUGAUGGAGUAUGAUGUGGAGAAAAGUCUGGACGGUAGUCUUCUGGGGGAGGCAGAGAAUUACGAGGACUUCAAAGAGACCACCAGGGACUUGCUGAGCUUCAUAGACUCAGCCUCCAGCAACAUCAAACUGGCCCUGGACAAGCCAGUGAAAUCCAAAAGGAAAGUUAACCACCGGAAGUAUCUGCAGAAGCAGAUCAAACGCUGCUCCGGCAUUAUAACGCCGGGAAACGCUGCAGAAACCGCGGCGAGAAGACAGGAGUCCCCCGGGACCCAGCCCAGCCCUUUGCAGAGCAAAACUCUGCCUAAGCGGGAUGGAGUUCAGGCCAACUUACAGAGCAAGAGCCUGGCGGCUCUCUUCAGCCCUGCGAAGGAUGUAAGGGGUGAGAAAGGCAAGAAGCCACCCCUGAGGCACCGCAAUCUGCCGCCAUCUUUCUUCACAGAGCCUGCCAACUGCUCCAAAGUCAGCUCCACGUCCGGGAUGACGCUGAAGGACCUGGAGCGAGGCAACCCCGAGAACGCCGAGUUCUUUGAGCUCCUGGGACCCGAUUACAGCAACAUGAUAGGCGACCAAGACCUUUAUCAGGGCAUGUCUGUGCGGGUGCAGCCAGAGUUCGGAGGCCCAGAUCCCGCGUCCUACGAUUCCCACCAUUUAGUUGGCGGUCUCCUGUAUUCUGAACCCUGGACUAGCUGCUCAGGAGCUCCUAAGAAACAAGGGGAGACGCUGCGUUCAGGCUCCACACAGCCCCCCCUGUACUGUCAGUCUGAGGAGGCCUCUGGGCCCAUGGACGACAACGCACUGUGCACUUUGGCUUUCCCAAACUUCUUCACAGACUGCUCCAUACCUCAGGUCAACUACGAUUUAAAUGCCGGCUACAGCAGAGCUAACUACUCGUCUCUAUGA